AUGAUACAGACCUUGGCCACGAUCACUUUCUCUCUUCAAAUCUCUGUGUCAAUUUUUGCCCUAGUCACUCUGCACGUCAGUGCUCUGGGUACUUUUAUAGCUGCAGUAUAUGAACAUGCUGUUAUAUUGCCAAAUAAAACAGAAACACUUGUGGGACGCCUGGACAACGUCCUACUCCUUAUGAACAAGAGUAUAGUUCUAGAGGGAGUGAUUAAUCAGGCAGCUGGGCAGAAUGCUCAAAUUAUUGUGACUCCAGAAGAUGUACUUUAUGGAUGGAAAUUUACCAGGGAAACCAUUUUUCCUUAUCUGGAGGAUAUUCCAGGACCCCAGGUGAAUUGGAUUCCAUGCUGAGACCCCCUUAGGUUUGGCUACACCCUGGUGCAAGAAAGCCUCAGCUGCCUGACCAAGGACAAUUCUAUCUCCAUUGUGGCAAAUAUUGGGGACAAGAAGUCAUGCAAUGCCAGUGACCCUCAGUGUCCCCCUGAUGGUCGUUACCAGUACAACACCGAUGUGGUGUUUGAUUCUCAGGGAAAAGUGGUGGCACGCUAUCAUAAGUACAAUCUUUUUGCACCCGAAAUUCAAUUUGAUUUCCCCAAGGAUCCAGAAUUUGUGACUUUUGACACUCCCUUUGGGAAGUUUGGCAUUUUCACUUGCUUUGACAUUUUUUCUCAUGACCCGGCCAUCGUGGUGGUGGAUGAUCUUCAUGUUGACAGCGUUCUCUACCCCGUGGCGUGGUACAACACACUGCCCCUUCUCUUGGCUGUUCCCUUCCACUCCGCAUGGGCCAGAGCCAUGAGAGUCAACCUGCUUGCUGCGAAUACCCACAACACUGGCACGCACAUGACAGGGAGUGGAUUCUACACACCGGAAGCUGUCCAAGGGUAUCACUAUGACAUGGAAACAGAGAGUGGCCAACUGAUGCUCUCAGAAUUGAACUCCCGGCCCCAUAGUGAACCCAGCUACCCUGUAGCUGUUGACUGGAGUGCUCAUGCCAGAAGCAUCAAGCCAUUCUUGUCUGAGCAGUCAAAUUUUCUGGGAAUGAUUUAUUUUGAUGAGCGCACCUUCAUUGAGCUUAAGAGAAACACGGGAAAUUACACAGUUUGCCAGAAAGACCUGUGUUGUCACUUAACUUACAAGAUGUCUGAGAAGCAAACAGAUGAGAUGUAUGCACUAGGUGGUUUUGAUGGACUGCACACAGUAGAAGGUCAAUAUUACUUACAGAUAUGCACAUUACUGAAGUGUCAAACCACUGACCUGAGAACUUGUGGGGAGCCUGUGGGGUCAGCUUUUACCAGGUUUGAAGAAUUUUCCCUUAGUGGCACAUUUGCAACACAUUAUGUUUUCCCACAGAUCAUUCUCAGUGGAAGUCAACUUGCUCCUGAGAGACAUUAUGAGAUUUCAAGAGAUAGACGUCUGAGGAGCCGGAGCGGAGCCUCUCUGCCUGUCUUAGUUAUGGCCCUGCAUGGAAGAGUGUUUGAGAAGGACCCUCCAUGCCACUUAGGGCAAGGACCUAGGAGAUGA